GCCCGAUCUGUAGGAUCGGGGCUCGGGAUCCCCUUUUCAAUAUCAAAUGCGAAUCGGGAUCCCCGUUCCGCGCGCGCUCCUGCGGAAUAAUAAUAAUACGCAGCGGGCAAACUUUAUGUACCCGCGGAGAAGGGCGGAAGCGUUUGCCCGCCUGCUCUGCGCUCUCAGUCCCCGGAGCGGAGUUUCAAACUGCUGGCGUGAGAGGCGUAGGGUGGAGUCCGGCGCCGAGUCGGGCGGGCGGAGAGUAGGGGACCUCCCUUUUCCCCCUAAAGGGCGGGGGUGAAGGUCGUCUUGCGGCCAGGGCCGUGGGGCGUGGACAGCGGGCUCUCCGGCCUUGGAGAUGCCCUUUCCAAGCCAACUGCCUACGGAGCGCAGCCAAUCCGCGCGCCUUGUGGAUCUCCCCGCUUUCUAGCCGGCCUUGCGGUUGUAGCAACUUCCCCUCCCUUUUGUCUCUGUCCUUGCCCGCCCCCUGGAGAGGGAGUGGGGAGACUGAGGCCGUGGAGGAGCUGGGGUUGCCUGAUCCGCCCAAGGGGAUCGGGUUGCUUUCCCUCCGCCUUUCGCAUAUCCUGUUUUGUUGACAGUGCGGAGAGACCGCCCUUUCCUUGGUGUAAGGCUUCCGUCUCUUCCCGUCGGGGCGGAUCUUGGACUCCGAAGUUGAGUCGGGUUCAGGAUUUUGUAGCAACCGUUUACAAAGAAAACCAUGCCUCCCCAUGUUCUGUGCCUAAGCAGAUAAAAGUAUUUGUGCACUUUAAUCUUCUACCUGCGCCCUUGGCUAGUACAUUGUGAAACUGUACAUACGAAGACGUUCCAGCCAGAGUCUUGUUAUUGCCUUAGUAAUGUUCCAGAGGCUGAAUAAUAUGUUCGUGGGAGAAAUCAAUAAUUUGCCCAGGCAAGAGCCAGAGUUCAGCGAGAAAGAAGAGGAGGAGUGGAUUCUGGUGGAUUUUAUCGACACCUGUACUAACUUCUCAAUGAUUGAAGAGGAGGAGGAAGAGGAGGAGGAAGAGGAAGAAGAAGAAGAUAUCCAUAAAGCAUCGCCUGUGGACAAUUCACCUGUCUGCUCUUUUCUGCCUCCUUCUUUGGAAUGUUUGGCUGAUGCCAGUGAAUCUUGCUUUAUUCAGUUUGACUCGUGCCCCAUGGAAGAGAGCUGGUUCAUUACACCACCUCCGUGUUUCACUGCGGGUGGCUUGACCGCUCUCAAAGUGGAAACCAGCCCCUUGGAGAACCUUCUGAUCGAGCAUCCCAGCAUGUCUGUAUAUGCAGUCCAUAAUACCCACCACAGCCUCAACAAGACGAGCUCUGGUGGUGGUAAUGAUGAGGAGGAGGAGGAAGAAGAAGAAGAGACAGAGCCUCGUGAUAUAAACAAUCCUAGACCAGAAGCCCAAAGUGAAAGGGGUCAACAGAUCCGAUGCUAUUUUGCAGCAGUCACUGCUCACUCAACCUUUCUCGAACAGACCAAGAGUUUUCGUCCUUCCCAGUGGAUCAAAGAACACAACGAAAGACAAUAUCUGAACAGAAACUGCCUCCGUCGCCAAAACCUCACCAGGGGUUGCUACUCUCGGCAACUCAAGAACAACGGGUUGUUUGUUCACCAGCCUUGCCAGCGUCAUUAUAAUUACUGAGGGCACCUUGCGUUGUUGUUUUUCCUUCUUCAAAAAAAUAUUAUCGGUUGACUUGCUCUUUGUAUUUUUCACGUGUAGGCAAUGAAGGCGAGAUCAAUCUUAGGCUGAUCAACAGUUAUUUCUACACAAUCACUAAAGUGUUACAUUUAGGUUGUAAACCACAUUGUUGUAACCGUGUGCGCCUCACAGAAUGACUUUUCUACAUUUUAUUCAUGGCUCGGAAACAUAUCAGUACAAUAGUGUUUGUGUGAUUGGGGGUUUGCUCUUUUGUUUUUUGUACAUGACUUUCUAGAAACUUUUUAUGACGGAUGGAUGGAUGGAUGGGCGGGUUUGUUUUUAUAUUGGUCCUUUUAACCAAGGCAGAGCAGGCGACACAUCACUUUGUAGUCCAAAUGCAGUUACAGAACUUCUCAGGGUCAGCCAUACACUUGCAACGAUCUGUGUAUACUGUAUAUCCUCUUAACCUAACGUGUGUGGCCAACCUUUGACCUGCCAGGUGUUGCUGGGCCACACCUCCCAUCAUUCUUGGCCAUUGACCAACCUCGCUGGGGCUGAUGGGAGUUGCAGGUUAGCAACUUGUGGAGGGUCACAGGUCCCCCCACCCUUGCUGUUAACGUUUGAACACAGCUGUUAAAAUGUGAUAGACUGUAUGGUAUUGAACUCUGAAUGACGAGAGAAUUGUCUGUGGGGCAGGGGAAGAAUAUUGUGUGACCUGACUUCCUCCCAUCAACUUCUACUUAACCUCCAUUGCUCAAUGUGGUUUAGCCAGCUUCCUCCACAGAGCAGGGCCUGAAGCAGGCAUGCAAGUGAGGGUCAUUGUGGUAUGUUGGACCUUCUAGACCCAAAAGACAGCAGCAAACAUUUACAAUGUCUCAGGCAUAAAAUAUAAGUAUAGAGACAGAUGAUCACCUGACCAAUACUCUCCUUCACUUGAAAUACUACCAGCUUAACUAAUAUUUUAAUGAGUUAAAAAAACAACAACCAUUCUACUAUAAAGUGGUCUAAUUUGACCAUUUAGUCCAAAUAACUUAAGAAGUUUUAAGAAAUAUGUGGUGGCAGUCUUCAUCUGUCUACAAAUUAAUAUUUGAGUCUAAUGCUUGAUAUCUGGAGUUCCUCAGAGCCAUUUUUUCUGUUUACUUUCAUACUAGGAUACCAAUUUCAGCCAGUUGUUCAUUUUUUUAAGUUACACAAAUGUUUUACCUUAUUUCAGUGGUUACCCAAUACUGUUAAGCUUCUUUCGGUUUCGUGGACAAACACCACAGAUAUAUUUAUAAACUCAGGAACGCUUCAGUGUUUGACUGUGGUCCUAGGUAUACUUGUUUAGAGGUUUGCCUAACUGAAAUAAAGUAUUAGCAAAUAGCUCUGUGUAGGUUCUUAGCCUUCAUCUUAUGUCUCCAGAAACCAUUCUCCUUCCUGUUAAUAGGAAUAUUAAAAUGAAGAUUACCUUGCCCACCUUAUUUGUGUUAGCAAACGUUUGAAGUUAAGCUUUCUAGUUGAGAUAUAUAAAUAUUCCGUACCAUUAUUUUACUGGAUAACUUGCUAGUGAUGGAAGCUUAUCUUUUUUUGAGGUAGACACACAAGCUUGUUCCACAAAUAUAUGUGCUUUUUGGUUCUUAAUAUUGAAAAUAGUACCGUUGGGAAAGGAAUGAUUGCAUUACAUCAUUAUGUUUGACUCUUAAUUGUCUUGCAUAUUUAUGUUACUAGUUCUAUAAUGUGCCUGGAAGUCUUGGACUGUUAGAAUUUUUUUGCUUUUCUAAUGCUACCAUGUGUUUUGUGAGUAGGUAUGACUUUUUAUAUAGUGUAUGUUGUUGUUUUUUUUAAAAAAAAUUGUAUUAACUUGUAAAAGUGGGGGGCUUGUGCUGUGCUGAAUGGUGAUUCAAUAACUUUGCUUAAACUGUUUUUUCAUACGUAUUGUAAACAAAACUGUGCCUUUUAAAGUGAUUUGUAUACAGCAGACUUGAAGACUUUUAAAAAAGGGAUAUUUCUGUUGGGAUAAAUACUGUACACCAGUCUAUGCAUUACCAAUGGCAGCUUCUUUCUAGAGACAUUUUUGUUUUGUCCUUGUAGCAGUUCUUUACGUUUUCAAGGUUCUAGCACCCUGAUUCUACAAUAUACAGUAAUAUCUCAAU